GCCAAAGAGACGUGCCGCCUCCAGUUACCCAGCAGCUGGGGCAUGCACAUACUAGCGAGCAGUGUUUCCUGUUUCUGGGCGCUUCUCCUCUCUCUCUCUCUCUCUCUCUCUCUGUCACACACACGCACAUCUUUCCUUUAUGUAGGGGCGGUGCCAGGACCAGAAACGGGCGUGGAGGACUGGAAUCCGAAGAGACCAGCGAGUGAAGAGUGAAGCAAGAAAGGUACCAUCUUUACCGCGCCGGUGGGUUUCCCUUUCCUUUCCUUUUCUCUGGGCUUUUUCUUGGGUGUUCGAGCGAGGGAAGCUAGAAGCGAUCCUUGGAUUUUCUGGAGUUAUCGGCCAUGGCGGAGGCGCUGCCCACGCACACUAUGGCUCUCGGGUCGGGCGGCGGCGAUCACUGCUCACUGGUUCUCCCUCGGCUCCGGGGCAGAGCUCUGGUGUCUGCUGGGUCGUCAUCCUUUCUUGGCGAGAGAGUUUGCCGCGCAGGAGGGUCGCCCAGGAAUCAUGGAGAUGGUCGACUCAGAAGGGAUCUUGGCAAGCCGCUCGUCGCCACCACCAUCAACUCUGUUCUUGCUGACGUUGCCAAAAACUUCAUGGCACAGCCCGUUGACGCGCCGGCCUUCGAAAGGCCACUAGUCGAUCCGGGAACUGUUGCCUCGAUCAUAUUAGGCGGAGGAGCUGGAACUCGACUUUUUCCUCUCACUCGAAGAAGGGCGAAACCAGCUGUACCAAUUGGAGGUUGUUAUAGGCUUAUUGAUGUACCAAUGAGCAAUUGCAUCAACAGUGGAAUAAAUAAAAUUUAUGUUCUAACUCAAUUUAACUCUCAGUCUCUGAAUCACCAUCUUGCUCGGACAUAUAACUUAGGUAACGGUGUAAAUUUUGGUGAUGGAUUUGUAGAGGUGCUAGCAGCAACACAAACACCCGGAGAAUUUGGGAAGAGAUGGUUUCAGGGAACAGCAGAUGCUGUUAGGCAAUUCAUAUGGCUAUUUGAGGAUGCAAAACUUAGACAUAUAGAGAACAUACUGAUUUUGUCUGGCGAUCAUCUGUAUCGAAUGAAUUACAUGGACUUUGUGCAGAAACACAUUAACUGUGGGGCAGAUAUUUCUGUUUCUUGUGUCCCAAUUGAUGACAGUCGUGCUUCAGAUUUUGGAUUGAUGAAGGUUGACAAAAUGGGGCGAAUCCAUCAGUUUCUUGAAAAGCCAAAGGGUGAAAAUCUGAGGACUAUGCAAGUAGACACAACUGUCUUAGGAUUGCCUCCUGAAUAUGCAAAAAAUUAUAAAUACAUUGCAUCAAUGGGAAUAUAUGUGUUCAAGAUAGAUGUCCUUCUGAAGCUUCUAAGAUGGCACUAUCCUACUGCUAAUGAUUUUGGCUCAGAGAUCAUACCAAUGGCUGCUAAAGACUACAAUGUGCAGGCAUAUCUAUUUGAUGGAUACUGGGAGGAUAUUGGAACAAUAAAAUCAUUUUUUGAUGCAAAUUUGUCUCUCACUGAUCAGUCUCCCAAGUUUCAUUUUCAUGAUCCUAAGAAGCCUAUUUUUACAUCACCACGGUUUUUACCACCAACUAAGAUAGAACAAUGCAGGGUUGUAGACUCUAUAAUUUCACAUGGAUGCUUCUUGACACAAUGCAGCAUUGAACAUUCCAUAGUUGGUGUUCGCUCAAGAUUAGAGUAUGGGGUGGAGCUUAAGGAUACCAUGAUGAUGGGUGCAGACUAUUAUCAGACUGAGGCAGAGAGAGCAUCUUUCCUGGCUGAGGGGAAGGUUCCAGUUGGCGUUGGAGAGAACAGAACUGUAUCAUCGACAAAAAUGGCAGGAUCGGAAAGAGCGUGAUCAUUGCAAAUGCAGAUAAUGUGGAGGAAGCUGAUAAACCAACAGAUGGAUUCUAUAUUCGUUCUGGAAUCACUGUGGUGUUGAAGAACUCUGUUAUUCCAGAUGGUACCAUCAUCUAGAGGUUUUGUUGCAGCAAUGUUCAGUGAAUUGGAGAUACUUGUAAAUAUCCAUCAUCAGCUAUUCAUAAUGUGUAACGUGAUGGAGGCUCAUGGAUUUGCUAUGCUAAGCUCAGAGUAAUCUUUUUUGCCAUUUUCAGAUGGAACAACAGCAACUAAGAAUUCCACGGCAGUACCAUCAACAUAGCAGCAGCUGUAUCUCCAUCUAUGGCUCAUGGGAAACAACCCCAUUCUGCUCGGUUUGUAAUCACCCUCCCGUGAAUCUUUUUCACGUGGAUAUACAUUGAUGAAUAAGCCAUGCAUGUAAUGGUGAUUCCGGGCAUAUCCUAAAUAAAUGAAAAUCCUGAUGAUACCAUGUAAAAACCAUAACAUCAAGCCUAAACCAUUUGUUUCCCAUCUGUAUCAUGCCUGAGAACAAAAUAAUGAAAUUUUGCACUAGUACAAUUUUU